AGCCGGUCGGAACACUGUGGAGGUUCAUCAUGCAUCUGAAGUCCUGUCCGAAGCUCGUGCGGUCCGAGCUGCGCUUGGACGCCACCAGCGUUGGGAGCCAGCAGGGGGCGCUGCUGAGGACCACGAGCGGCGGUCCCGGCAUCGCUCGGCUUCCAUUCAGCGUCAUCUCCAACAUGCUGCGCUGCAACAACACCGUGGCCUCGUUCUGUCUGAAGGGACCCAGCGGGUUCCUCACCGCUCCGCCCGACUGUGAAAACACCACUCCUGGACCGGGUCAGAACACCACAGAGGACACUGAGGCGCCGCAGAACAUGUGGGCCGUCAUUAAACCCGGACACGUGCGUGAGAAGAUAGCCAUCUUUACUUCAGAGGAGAGGCGAACGGACGGAGCUGAGGGAUCACCAGGGAGCGGCGCCAGCAGCUGGGACCAAGAACCGACAGCGGGCACCAACAGCGCCACGUUGACCGGACUGCCCCGGGCCGCCAAAGCUAAAGGGAGCUGGCAGGAAAACAGCUGUGCCAAAAGACGCCGCAGGUCAGAAAACAACCCGAACCCCGAGAAGGAUCAGAGGACUCACUUCCUGAACGAACAGCAAAACGUCCUCAGACCGGGUCCGAUGGACUCAACUGGGCUGUUGGGCAGAGAACAGCAGGGAGGCGUAGCAGCAGAGGAGGAGCAGAAAGUUUCAGUCGUAGAGAUGGUGGCCAUCCUGGAGCAUAGGGCAAACGAAGUGAAGCUGGACCUGAAACCACUGCUGACCAUCCAGAGGAGCUCCACCACCAUCACACUGACUAGAACCGUCCGGCAGGAGGAGGAACAGGAAACUGUCCGGGUGUCCGAGAUGGUGGCCCGGCUGGAGUCAGAGUGCCUGAGGAGGUCAGAGGGAGGUCUGUCAAGGAACAACAGCCUGAGGAGGUCAGAGGGAGGUCUGUCAAGGAACAACAGCCUGAGGAGGACUGAGGGAGGUCUGUCGAGGAACAACAGCCUGGGGAGGACCGUGGGGCGGGUUCUGCUGGCCUCCGGGGAGCAGAACUUCACCUCCUGCCAGCUUUCGGCUUCAUCGGUGAUAUCAUCAUCAUCAUCAUCACUGUUGGGUGGUCGGAGCACGGAGCCAGUCGGCUGUUCUCAGAAAGCUGCUUCCUCUCCAGAGGUAACUGUGCCCCCAUCAGCUGAGCAGGGGGUGGAGCCUCAGCAAGCUGUAGCCCCUCCCCCUCAGUCUGAGGAGGCAGAACCACUGCCCGGCCUUCUGUUUGUGUCUCCGCCUUCUGAUGAGACAGACACACACCACUACAAAACAAGCUUUUACUUUGAGCCCGCCCCUUCUCACUCCUCCCCCUGUGACUCCACCCACCAAUCAGAAAAGAGAAUUAACACCAGCCCUGCGAGUGGGACUUCCUGCUCCCCUGCUGUGUCUCUUGGCCGAAGCGGGUCAGCGUCCCGGGACUUCCUAGAGCUUCGCCAGCGGUUGCAGCAGCUUCUGGUGCCGCAGCCGUACCUGUCAGUUCUGCCGCACCACCUGCUGGUGAAGAUCCUGCUGCUGCUGCCCACACAGAGCCUCGCCGCCCUCAAAUGCACCUCCAGCUACUUCAAGUUCAUCAUCGAGACCUACUGCGUGCGGCCCGCCGACUCGCUCUGGGUGUCCGACCAGCGGUACCGCGAAGACCCCUGCAAGCAGUGCAAGAGGCGGUACUGCCCCGGGGACGUCUCGCUGUGCCGCUGGCACCACAAGCCGUACUGUCAGGCGCUACCAUACGGGCCGGGCUACUGGAUGUGUUGCCAUAGCACCCAGAGGGAUGCGCCGGGCUGCAACGUAGGUCUCCAUGACAACCGCUGGGUGCCAGCGUUCCACAGCAUCAACGUGCCAAUCUGCAGAAGGAACUGUAGCCAUUAUGUGUGA